UGUGAUUUGAUAACAUUUUUGCUGUCUCUUGAAAAAAAUAUAAAAUAACUUCAAAAGUUAAAAUAAAAUUGUACUGAAUUUUGUGGAAAUGGCCGGCAAUAAAAUGCUCUUCCAAGCACUAUUAAAUACAUUGCAACGCUUUAAUCGAUUGUCAAAUAUACGUACUUACGCUACAAGUAAGGAAACUAUCAGUCCAGCCAUAGCUAAGCGCAAUGAAUUGUUUACGGAAGAGCAACGCCGGCAAAAGGAAGCUGUUGGUAGAGUAGAAAAAAUUGAGGUGCGUUAUUUGGGUUUACCGGAAGAUGUCACACUAGCAAUGAAUGCCCAUAUAUCUACGCCUUACAAUUGUGCGCAGCAUUUAAGUGAUGGUCAUUGCAAACGUUCCGCUUUAGCAUUGAAAGAUGGUAAUGUGCCGUGGGAUAUGCACCGGCCGCUAACAGAAUCUUGUACAUUACAGUUGCUCAACUUUACAGUAGCUGAUCCCCAUUUCAUAAAUAAAGCUUUCUGGCGCACAUGCAGCUUCAUGUUGGGUGCAGCACUCGAAAACAGUUUUACUGAGGAAGCACAUUUGCAGUUACACAGUUUUCCAGGACCAAAUAUCAAAUCUGGCAGUUUUGUUUACGAUAUAGUGCUGCAAGCGCAAUCUUGGCAACCUACUAAAGCUGAGAUGCGUGCCCUAUCCGCAGCGAUGAUUAGGUUAGCCGCAAAAGAUUUAAAAAUCGAACGUCUCGAUGUGAAUAACGAACUAGCGCUGGAAAUGUUUGCCGACUCGCGUUAUAAACGUGAACAGUUGCCCAGCAUUGCACAACAGAAUCAAGGACGUGUCACGCUUUAUCGCAUGGGCACACAUAUAGAUAUAUCGCGUGGUCCAAUGGUGGCAUCAUCACGUUUUCUUGGCAAAUGUACCGUGGCAGUAGCGCACAAAAUUGCCAAUGAGGGUGAUAAAGAUGCUUUGUAUCGUGUGCAAGGUGUGGGCUUGCCGGCUGGCUUUACCUUGGAUCAUGUGUCGUAUGGCACGUUGGAGGAACGUGCUAAGAAAUUGAACUCUGCACGUUUGCCUAAUGAGCCUUUUGAAGAACAGCUCCAAAAGAUUGCUUGAAUAUCCUGAAAUGCAUUAUUUAGUUAAAAACACGUUUUUGUUUUAUUUUAAUUGUAAUUAAUAAUUAAAUUGAAAAACUAUU